AUGACAGUCCACGUAGCUAGAGUAUUAUUAAUCGAAUCACAUGGCCCGGAGGAGAGGGGCGUUUCAGUUUUCAUUUUAUCCCACACCCUUUACCUUUUCCUGGUUGCAGAUUGCAAAGUAUCACAGUUCAACAGUGUAAACCAUCCAGACUUUCAAGGCAACUCUCUGACUAUGGAUUUGCUACUGGGAUGUUUAUUUAUCUGGAAACUUUUAAGGUAAGUCUUCUUUAUGAGAGGGGUGUUGCCUGUAGUUAAAAAAUCUAGGUGAUCAUAUUCUACAUCAUCUAUAUAUAGUCUUAGAAUGACAAUCUGGAAUCCAACCAAAGUAGAUGUGUACUGUUUACUUCAGUGGUUAUAAGGCAGGGAAACAAACAAGUAUUACUGUGGGUUCCAGAGCUGUUCUGUUAUGGUUAACUCAUGCUGUCAAGAAGUCUAUCAAAGGAUGUAUGUUUCCCUAGAUCUUGGAAGAAAAAUUAGAGGGAUUUUUUUGGGUAUGGAAUAAUAAGGGAUAUGUUUCUUCAUGUUGAUUCUCAGUAAAUGCUCUCCAUGUUAUUGAAGAUGUUAUUGUAGGUGGGAGAUGAAAAAUUGACACUGAAGGCAUUUUCAGUUUGUUUCAUUCUCUGCAUUUCCGUCAUGCUUAUGUCAAACUUACAUUGGGUAGAAAUAAAACACAUUCAGUUUCGAAAUUCCCAAUUCCCACUUUCUGUUCCACAUAAACACACACACACACACACACACACACACACACACACUUGUGGGUCGCUUUCAAAAUGCCCUAGGGUCAAAUUGCCCAUCUGAUAAGGUUGCAACCAUAGCCCCACUUAUUUGGGAGUAAGGCUCCUAGAAUUAUAUUAGGCUUACUUCUGAGUAGAAAAGGUUAGCACUGCACAAGUGCCUGAAGGAACUGGCUAUGUCUCUUUGAAGAGAUUAAACAACAAUUGUUUGCCCCUGAACCACACAGACAGCAAUUGUCUGCAGGGGUGUGUGUGACUAUUGUUUAUCAGUAUCCACAGCACUAAUCUAAAUUGCUGGGAUACUGGGAUUCUUGCCUAAGCACAUACAAUUAGCAUUUAGCUGUGUGGAUGGCAGUUGUACUAAUGCCAUAGGUGACUGUCAGACGCCAUGGACACUAUGAUGCAAUGCAAGCACCUUUAACUGUCUACCUGUGGCAUUUUAAAUGGCUUGUUAAAUUGUUCUUCUUUUGGGACUUCCCCCUUCUUUUUUCCUCAGUGACCACGCUCUCUAGCCACAAACAUCUUACCAUCUCUUGUGCCUUCCCACAACGCCAGCCUUUCACCCUUUUAAAAUGUAAUGGGUAUUGCUCCGUAUGGCUGUCACUACCAAUGAGCCAUAAAAACGGCACAUUGCUGCGCAGGAAAGGAUUUCCCCCUGGAAAGGGUCUCAGAGUUAAAUUAAGCGAAAUGCUUCGGAAAAGAGUGGCCAAUCGUUCUGACAAAUGUGCCAAAGAUCAAGUGCAAAGUACAAGGCAAACAUGCCAUGGAAGCAUGAAGGGGGAGGAGAGGAAGUAGAAGUCCUGUUACACCAGCAGAACUCUGCUGGCACAGCAUUGGAUAUAAUAGUUUGUUUUCAGAUGUGUUUUCUUCCAUUCCAAUCCCCUGAGAGAGAAGACGGAGUGUCCUGAAAUGCUGCCUUUCAUCUUUACUUUUUGACAUACCUAUAUUAAAAACAAGCCACUUAAAAAACAACAAAUGUGUUCCCUAUUAAUUUCUUUUGUAAAGGCUUUUAUGGAUUAAUCUAUCUGAUUAGUAGUUUAGGGCUGCAAUCCUAUGCACAGUUGUCUGGGAGUAAGCUCAUUGAACACAGCAAAACAUGCACAGGAUUGCAUUGCAUUUGUUGCUGCUGUAAUCAUUAUUUAUGCUACUGUUAAGAGGUUUUUACACUCUUCUGAUCCAGCUAGUUACCUAUCCAUUUAUUCUUUUCAGGACUUAUCAGGAGGAAUCAGCUUCACCAGUACCAUUCAAUGUGCAUAUGGAUAUGUACGCAAAUGAAUCUUUAGUACUGAAGCAGAGCUAAUCUAUCCGAGUAUCUGUGGUUUUGAUUCAAUUUGCCACUUCAACAAAUACACACCCCAAUUUCCCAAAGGAGAAAUACGCUCACAUAUUUUCUUAGUAUGUGAUGCACUAAGAAAUGACAUAUUUUGCUUCUGACCUGAGAUGAAAUGAUCCAUCAAGACAAUGAGAUAUACAAAGCAAGAGUUUGCUACGAUGGUUCUUGGAAUUGUGGUUUAUGUUGCGGAUAUUGGAGCAGAUCUCUGGGUAGCAAACAAAUAUUUUCAUGAGGGACAGUAUCUCUGGUGUGCCUUGACAUUGGCCACAGGGCUUCUUUCAUCACUAGUUGUCCAGUAUUUCAGUUACACUUGGUUUAAAGAUGAUGGCACUCAGAAGCUGAGUUGGAUUUCUUCAGUACAUCUCUUACAAGCUGGAAUAUUUACAAGGUAAAUAUAAAACAUAGAACAUACAACUAGCUAUGCUUGUAAUGUCCUAGAUGACUUUUAACGGGGAAGAAGAUGAUGGUGACUGGUUAAACUUUCAAAAUUUCAAAUGUGUGCAGGGGUGUGAGGCAUAGGAGCCAACUCCUAGGGGUCUUCACCCUCCCAUUAAAAUAUUUGAGGGGGCCAGCCUUCCCCAAGUUGAUGGUCACUGCCAUUUAAAUGGUGUGCAUGCACUGCGUCAUGUGAUUAUGCGGGGCAGGGCUUACCUGCCCUCCUCCAUGUUUUAUUCAAGUUGACACCCCUGGUGUAAGAUAAGUAGAAUGGGUUGCCUAGCUGCCGUUUUCUGACUUGCUUUAUCCUAAAGAGUGACAGUUAGGAAGGAGAAGCAGGGAUCCGGAGUGAUGUACACAUGAAUUUGCUGGUACGUAAUCAAACCCCACCCCAAAACAGCAACAGUUUGGAAACUACCAAAAUUCCUGUUGUUCUUUUAAUUUUGUUUAAUAUUCUUUCAUCCCCCCCCCCCAAUAACUAAGGAUGUCAAACUCUGACAAAGGAGCAUCUAUGUACAUUGCAUCCAAGUGACUGUGUAGCAGUUGCUUUAAUCUUGUCAUGAGAACUUGUGUGAUUUAAAAUGUUCUUAACUAAUUACGUUUCUCACAGUCAUUUUAGCCAAAGGAACUAUUAGACAAAUUAACUUUUCCUCUGUUCCAGGCUGUGGAUGUUGGAAGUGCUAAGGAUGCUUGCUUUCUGUACUUGCCACUAAAAUGUUUCUUCGCCAUCUUAAGAAGGCGACUAGAACAAAAGAACCAUACAUUUGCUAUCUUUCCCACUAUAUGCUCCAUCAAGAUGAGUGCAGUUUGUACAAGUGGCAAGCAAGUGACCACUAUGGAAAUGGAAUGUGCAAUAUCAAACAACCUAUUAUUAAUAAUAAUAACAACUCAGUAGGGGAUGAUGUGGUGCCGCCACUCGCCUGACCUCUGGUUGCUUGCAUUGCUGUUGCAUACCAGGAGAUAGAUGGAGAAGGGCAAGGCAGUGGCAAGGGCGGUGCACUGCUAAUGCACCAGCAGAGCCAAUCUAACCCUCCUACUGGUGCAUUUGCACCAUGCCAACCUCCCUGCCCACUUUCUACCUUUCAGCAAGCAGGUCAGGGUGAGCAGUAGUACUGAGUAGACUUCAAAUUCCUAACAUGUUUGUUGGAUGGUGGUGGCAGCAAAGGAGAGAAUGAUACUCUUUUAUCAUUUGCGAUGUAAAAAGCAUUGUGGAGCAAAGUCUAACAGGCCAGGCAUUUGUACAAUACUUUUCCUUCCAUAACAUUGUGUCUUUCAGAUCUUCAAAAUAAUGUUCUAUUUGUAGAAUAUGAAGCAUUUUUUUAAAAAAAUUGCUCUUUAUUUCUAUUUAAUAUUUUCCCCAUCCAAUCCAAACAUAUAUUAGUAAAACUUUUUUUAAAAAAAGCGGUUAAUGUAUUUAAUUUGGCAUUAAUACAAGGCCCAAGAGCAGGUCAUAUGUCUGUCAAGAAGCAGAAGCUAAACAUAACCCAACAAUUUCUCCCUAGGUAAAUGCCAAGUGAUAUUCAGUAAGCACUUUACUUUGUGAGAAUCCUUGCCAGGCGUCCAAAGGUCACCUCACACCUUAUCAAGCUUCUCAGUUGUGAACUGGGGAGGUUUCACAUAAAGCUGCGAGCUUGCCCCAACACACAGCUUGGACAACCACAAGCUUAGGUGUAUGAGUGUGUGUGUGAGGAACAGAUUGAUUUACUCAAGCAGGUUUUCUGGAAAAUACUGGACUACACAGAUGCCUCAGUCUAGGAUACAAGAACCAGAUGUUUGCGUUUCUGAUUGUUUUAUAAACUGAGAAUACUGCAGGGCUUUUGUCAUUCAGAAAUAUAAAUGUGUGUCAUCAGCACCACACAAGAAAGCAGCUCUGUAUAGAAAUUUUAUUCCUUGUUUUUACAUAUUAAACUCAAAGCCAUGAACGGGAUCCCUACAGUUUCUGUCAGUGCUGCAGGCAUUCCUGAAGGAACAGGGAGUACAACUGCUCAUGUAUCUUAAGGGCAGCAAUGAACUUCCAUGAAAGGAAUAUGCACCCUUCUUUAGAGGGCAACAUCCCUGAAAGGAAUGCAUAUCCUCCUUUAGAGAAAAAUGGCACCAUCAUCUGAUGUAUUACAGGUAACCUGCUCAAGAGCUUAUGCCCAGCCAUUUGCCCACCCAAAGUACUUUUGCUACCCAGUUCAAGAGUUCUUAGCAAUGCCUCAGAAAGAGCAGGGAGGGAGUCCUUGCAUCUGUGCAUAGUUAUUAAAUCCUAUGGUUCAACCCUCCAGAUACAAUUUAACUUCCAUCCGCCUCAGCCAGCAUGAUUAAUGAUAAGGGAAAAUGGGUGUUGUAGUCUAUUAAUUAUUAUUAUUUAUUAAAUUUGUAUUCUGCCCUAUACCUGCAGGUCUCGGGGCAGUUCACAACAUAAUGUCACAAUAUAAAAACACAAAAUACAGAAUAAAAACAAGAACAAGGUGUAGUCUAGCAACAUUUGGAGGACCACAGAUUUUUAUUUCUUGGGGGGGGGGGAAUAGAUAUAGAUCACCCAUGUGGGAUAAUCAAUAAAAGACUGGCUGGAUCCCUAGAUCCAAAGUGCAGAGUUAAACAUAUUAUCCAGUAAGAGACAGCUCCCAGCAGAAUUUUCAAGUCACAAAAGAAAGCAGCAGAAUAGCAUGCCAACAAAGGUCUGUAUAGUAAAAGCUAUGGUUUUCCCAGUAGUGAUGUAUGGAAGUGAGAGCUGGACCAUAAAGAAGGCUGAUCGCCGAAGAAUUGAUGCUUUUGAAUUAUGGUGCUGGAGGAGACUCUUGAGAGUCCCAUGGACUGCAAGAAGAACAAACGUCUCCAUUCUUAAGGAAAUCAGCCCUGAGUGCUCACUGGAAGGACAGAUCAUGAAGCUGAGGCUCCAGUACUUUGGCCACCUCAUGAGAAGAGAAGACUCCCUGGAAAAGACCCUGAUGUUGGGAAAGAUGGAGGGCACAAGGAGAAGGCGAUGACAGAGGACGAGAUGUUUGGACAGUGUUCUCGAAGCUACCAGCAUGAGUUUGACUAAACUGCGGGAGGCAGUGGAAGACAGAAAUGCCUGGCGUGCUCUGGUCCAUGGGGUCACAAAGAGUCGGACACGACUAAACGACUAAACAACAACAUAGGCAGUCAAACCUUUUAAAUGUACCCUGUCCUGAGUAAGUUUUAAAAUGCUUUACAGUGGUACCUCAGGUUACAGAUGCUUCAGGUUACAGACCCCGCUAACCCAGAAAUAGUACCUUGGGUUAAGAACUUUGCUUCAGGAUGAGGACAGAAAUUGUGCUCUGGUGGCGCGGCGGCAGCAGGAGGCCCCAUUAGCUAAAGUGGUACCUCAGGUCAAGAACAGUUUCAGGUUAAGAACGGACCUCCAGAACGAAUUAAGUUCUUAACCCAAGGUACCACUGUACUUAUAAAGUUCAAAAGGUCAAGUUCACGCAUUUAUCCAUGCAGCAGCAAGUAAACACAGGCAAUAAUCUUAGGAUACAAAAUAGCUCAUGGUCUGAGCUCCUAGUGAGAAAACUCAGGCACGUCCUAUUUUGAUGAGGUCACAUGGUGAUAGAGAACUAAAAAAGGAGGAAACUAAAAAAGGAGGAAACUGUCCCUGCUGUCUUGCCCUUCACCUUUAAGCAACUGGCAGUGAUGUGUGGCUUUGGGAAGUUAGGUCAGUAACACAACUCUGCCCACGCCACCAGCUGCUACUGCUUCUAGGGGCUGGAAGGUGGGGCAAGGCAGUCAUUGAUGACACCCCCUGAUCACAAACACACAGUGUCUCUGCCCUGUGGACUAUAUAAGCAUGCAUACAGUAAGGCAGGGGUCAGCAAGGUUUACCUCGUCUGGACCGGUUCACUCCAGUGGAGAUCCCUCCGUGGACCGGAUCCUGCGUGCGUCCAUGAUUUCCGGCAUCUGCGUCUGUGUAGAAAUGAUUUCUGGUGUCUGCAUCUGCGCAGACACGAUUUCCAGCACCGUGGAAGCGAGUCCCUGUACCGGUUUAGCACAGCACGUGGGGGCUCGCUGAGUGAGCGGCUCUGUUCGGGGGUGGCUCAUGGGCUGGUUAAAUGACCCCCAUGGGCCGCUUGUGGCUCAUGGGCCUUAGGUUGCCGACCCCUGCAGUAAGGUUUCAUUAAACAUUCAGUGCAAUUGUCAAAUAUUUUAAGCCAUUCAGGCACACUGUGCAUGGAACUUCUACCCCUGGGUUAACCUUUGCUAUAAUUAUCAGAAUAAUGAGGACAUUCUGAUACCCCAAAAUCUAUUUUAAGGGGUGAAAGUUGUUUUCAGUGUUCAGCUAAAGCAUUGUGAAGUCAGUCACAGGUAUGGAGGGCCACCAUUGCUGUUCUGUAGGAAGAUAUUUAUGUAUAAAUUUACCCAAGAUUUCUGCAAGGUACAUUGGAGCUUGCCACAAAACUGCCAGCAUGUGAACCUCAAAACGUUAUUCAGAAGUUCCCACAGGGGCAAUCGGUACUUCUUGGGAUAUGUUCUUGUAAGCAGAGCUUUUUAAAACAACAAACUGAAGAGGAGCGAGUAAGUGCCCUGUCAUUUUGAGAAACAGCAGAAAAUGAGGUUAGUUAAAAUACGUUUUAAGAGGGGCUUUCUAUCUUCCUUUUAUCUCUGCUUGCAGUUGCUUCUUUGUGAAACAUUUGAGAUGCAGAGCAAAUACACCUUUGCAUCUGCUCAAAAAUGUGCCUUGUGCUCAAAUGAGAAGACACCUCUGUUUCGAAAACAAGUGUCCAAAUCAGCAACUUGGGUAUUGGGUUAACGUACCGCUAAUUCUUGCGGAAACCAAGAACCAAGCUAUAUAGCUGCAAAUAAAAUGUUUGAAGUGCAAUAUACAAUGUGACACUGGAUGGUGAUGGUGAGCCUUAUGGAAAAUUCAUUUUAUUUUAAAAAAACACUAAAAAAAAAGCAUUUUCAUACCUUUUUUUAAAAUACAGUGGUAUCUUGGGUGACAGACGCUUUAGGUUACAGACGCUUCUGGUUACAGACUCUGCUAACCCAGAAAUAGUACCUCGGGUUAAGAACUUUGCUUCAUGAUGAGAACAGAAAUCUCGCGGUGGCGGUGUGGUGGCAGAGGGAGGCCCCAUUAGCUAAAGUGGUACCUCAGAUUAAGAACAGUUUCAGGUUAAGAACGGACCUCCGGUACGAAUUAAGUUCUUAACCUGAGAUACCACUGUAUGUGUAUGGAUUCCACCCAAGAGUGUUUCUCUGAGUUUGGCAAAUGCCGAACAUCUUUUCUUCAGUGAUGUACGUGUUCCUUGCCAGAGGAUGUAUGCUGUGAUUUGAUAGUGGGAAUAAAAAUUGCAUCUCCCAAAAGAAAAUAGAAAUAUUUUGAGAAGGGAACGUUCUUCAUGAGGCAAUGAAUUAAUCCCCCCCUGAAAUGUUUAGUGUGUUUUCCAUCUAUGUUUUAUUUUAUAGGAAAUUACUUCAUAGCCUUAAGGACACAUUAUUCAGUGUACGGCUGUGGGAGUUGAGAUAUAAUGCAGUAGUAAACAUUAGCGUGCAUUAGCCCCUCAUUUUCCACUGUCUACCAAUGAAAUGCAUGUCACCACAAGAAAUUCAUGUGCCCUAAGAAUUACAAUAGAAUUUGCAUGUCUAUUUAUACUGAGCAGCAGGUGCCUUCUGUUACAACCUUCAAAUGUCUACCGAAAACAUUUCAGUUCCUCCAGGCUUCUGCAAGCAGUUAAGAAUACAUCUUUCCAUAAUAGUUAGCUGAUCUCUGAUUGUAAAUUUUUAUGUGGAUUUAUGCAUCACUGUUGUAAAUAGCUCUGAUAUCCAUUUUAUGAAUUGUGGUAUAUAAAUAGGGUUCUUAAAACCAACCAACCAACCAACCAACCAACAAACAUGCCUGCUCAAAAGUAGGUCCCGUUGAAUUCAAUGGAGUUUACUUUCAGGUAAGCAAAUUGAAGACUUAAGCCGCCUUUGGCAUUCCUUGUAAGGAUAGCACAGGAAUUCAAGGCUUUACUAUAUAUAUAAAAGUGGCUUUACUAUAUAUAUAAAAGAAAAGCACAGGUGGAAUGUGCUGUUACCAAUAGGAUUGUAGAAGCAGGGACUGAAUAUAAAAUUUUCUGAUAUAAGUUUUAAACUCCCAAAUACCGUUACUUUAAUAUUAUUACAAGCUACAUUAGAUUUUUUCUUUAAAAUGGAAAGCAGGCAAUAAUUUUAAAUAAACAGAUAAGGGUUUGUUUCCACAGGGGAGGGGAGACACACAGCUUUUUAUAGAGCUCUGAAAAGUCCUCAGCAAGUCAUUUAUCCUAUCUAGGAUGGCGCUCUUGUUCUAGGAAAUAAAGUUGCCACCAGCAGAGAAAAGCUUAGCAUGUGCAUCACGGGCCCUAUCUGCAUUAUAUAUUGAAAGCAGUAUUAUACCACUCUAAACAGUCAUGACUUUCUCCAAGGAAUCCUAGGAACUGUAGUUUGUUCAAGGUGCUGAGACUCCUGUUCUCCUCCCAGAGCUAUAAUUCUCAGAGUGGUUUUACAACCAAUCCUUAUUCCCCAAGAACUCUGGUAAAGCAGCUAGCCCAUUUGCAAAAGCUAAGCAGGGUCCGGUAUGGUUUCACAUUGCGUUGGGUUACCUUGCAUUUCCUGCAUUGCAGGGGGUUGGAUUAUGUGACCCUCAGGGUCCCUUCCAGCCCUACACUUCUAUGAUUCUCACCACCUUUAACAAACUACAGUUCCCAGGAUUCUUUGGGGCGAAGCCAUGGCCAUUUAAAGUGAUACGAUACUGCUUUAAAUGUAUAGUGCAGAUGGGGCCACAUUCUCCCAUAUUUUGAUUUAAGUUGGGGGGGGAGACUCUGAAAAAAGAGGGAAAAUAAAAUGGAAAGAGGGAAGUGGGAGCAAUAGUUUCUAUGGGAUCUGUCACCAUGCCAACAUUCUCUUUCCUUUAAAAUUUCAGAAUUUCCCCGCUAAUUUUGUGUUUCAUUUACUGGAUUUUUCGCUCUAGAAGACGCACUUUUCCCCUCCUAAAAAGUAAGGGGAAAUGUGUGUGCGUCUUAUGGAGCGAAUGCAGGCUGCGCAGCUAUCCUAGAAGCCAGAACAGCAAGAGGGAUUGCUGCUUUCACUGUGCAGCGAUCCCUCUUGCUCUUCUGGCUUCUGGGAUUCAGAAUACUUUUUUUCUUGUUUUCCUCCUCCAAAAACUAGGUGCGUCUUAUGGUCUGGUGCGUGUUAUAGAGCGAAAAAUACAGUAGAUGCUUCUUAGAGGUUGAGUUUCUUGCACUCCCUUUGUGUGAAUGGGUCUGAAUGUGAAGGAAAGGGAUGAUAAGCCAAUUGUGCUCAUGGCAUGAUGUGUUUCACGCUCCCACUGUGAAAUUCAAAGGGGAGCAGAAGAAUGGCUGGAAGAGACAGACUUAAGCAACCCUCUCCCUUUCCGGUCCUCCGUUGCUGCUUUUCAUUUGAAGAAACAAACUCCAUGAGAUUGUUAACCAUGCCUGUUGCAUCAUGUUUACUUUGGCCCGAAAUCUUACAAAAUGCCCAACUGUGCCUUUCUCCAUUGCAGGUACUGGGCUGCACUGAAAUGUGGCUACCAGGCAGCAUUUAAAACGAACAACUCGGAAGAUGGAUUGAUUGAUGGUUGCACCAGCCCCAUUCACAAGAGCGCCAUUUGUGCAAUGACUGAUAUAAGUAUGCUCAGACUAUUUAGGGCAUUUCUGGAGAGCACGCCCCAGCUCAUUCUUCAGAUCUACAUCCUGAUGACAUCUGACAGUUCUACCCCCAGUCAGUGUAAGUCUCCUUGUGGGGAUGGAAGCCAUUUCCUAACAGUGUAUGGAACAUGUGAUGGCGCAGAAUGUUCACAAACAUUUAAAGUGCUCAGAGAACUGCUUCAGUACAUAUGAAAUGCACCUUCUGUGCCUUAAGACAGAGAUCAGUCACCACCAGUUCAUUCCUCACUGAUGUUUAUGUGGCAUUUGAUUAUUGUUUUUUGUCUCAAUGUGCAUUACUUUAGACUCGCAUUAAAUAAUGUUUGCCAUGCUGUUGCCCAUUCACCCAACUCCAUGGUUGGAGUGUCUUUAAAUCUAUGUCUCCAUAUUUCUUCCAUUUCCCCUCUAGAUCACUCACUGCUUCCUCUCUUUUCUGCUUCUUAGUCCAUUGCCCCCGGCUCUACUUUCUUUAGCCACUUUGUUUCUUGUCUUCCCUUGUACCUCUCCCUCUCUCUUUCCCUUCCUCCACCACCCAUUAUAGUAGAAAAUCUUUCAUACCUCAGUACAGUCAUACUUUGGGUUACAGACGCUUCAGGUUGCGUUUUUUCGGGUUAUGGACCUGCCGAAACCCGGAAAUACCAGAAUGGUCGCGCAUGCACAGAAGGGCUAAAUUGUGGUUUGUGCAUGUGCAGAAGCGCCAAAUCGCAACCUGCGUGUGUGCAGAUGCGCCACUGCGGGUUGCGAAUGCUGCAGGCUGCGAACGUGCAUCCCGCAUAGAUCAAGUUCGCAACCCGAGCAACCACUGUACUCUCUUAUUUACACCUUUCCCAGGCCAUACCAAUCACUGGCCCUCCCUCAAACCAUCCUCCCAUUCUUUAUUUUCUAAUUUUUUGACUGUCUAGGAUGUUUCUUUGGACUAUAAUAAAGGCUCCUGCUUGCCUGGAUAGAAAGAUGGGUGCAUAGAUGAUAUGCAUCCCGCUUGGCCCUUUGGUGGAUGGACUUCUAACCUAUUGCACAAAGUUAACAGUCACACCCAUUGUGCCACCUAGUGUUGUCAUGUGGCCCCUGGAAGGUUGCCCACUAGGCAAGAAUGCCUCCUGAGAUAGGCCUUUGGUCUGAUCCAGCAGUGAUCUUCUGAUGCUCUCAAAGAAGGAGCUACGGAAAAAGGAGGACUUUGUAAAACCUCAUGAAGAGCCUGGAGGCCAAAGUGGCUGUGUGCAUUCAUUAGGGAGGGAAUAAUCAGGCAGAGUAGUUGGGACAGUGGGUAGAGAGCCAAGGGGCCAUUUUGUCUACUGCUGAGAACCUGCCAGGUCAGCUGCACCUUCGUGAACUGCAUAGAAGAGAUAUUCUCCCACUCAGUGUUAUUUUUCUAGAAAAGGAGGUGCCGGAACUCUCCAUGAAUGCCUCCCUUGUUCUCUUAUAAUGGCAAAGGUGCCCACCUGAGAGGUGCCGGAACUGAGUUCAGGUGAGUUCUGGAUGAAAAAAAGCCCUGCAUCGUACUUGUGAUUUCUGUUGACAUCUUUCCUCUGGGAUCUGGCAGCUUUUGUAGGGUAGUGAAGGAAAACAAGUUAUGGGAUGGGACAGGCUGAAUUCAUAUGAAUUCACCACCAGCCAGUUAUUUGACCGAAAGCUUCCCAGUAGUUAGUACAGUCAUACCUUGGGUUACAGAUGCUUCAGGUUGCGUUUUUUCAGGUUAUGGACCGCCGAAACCUGGAAGUACUGGAACAGGUUACUUCUGGGUUUCAGCAGUUGCGCAUGCACAGAAGUGCCAAAUCGCAACCCGUGCGUGUGCAGAUGUGCAGCUGCGGGUUGCGAACGCUGCGGGUUGCAAAUGUGCAUCCUGCACGGAUCACGUUCGCAACCCGAGCGUCCACUGUAUAUUUAAUUUCCAUAGCUUCUAAGAGUAUGUCUGUGUGUCUAUCUAGUUCAGACUAUUGUGCCAUUUUUGUAUGAAUAUUAUUGAAUAGAAAAAACUCUUCUUUUUCUAACAGGGCUAACAACUUUUAUUUCCUUUUAUUUAGAUGUAACCAUUGCAAUGUCUUUCUGUGGCAUCUCCUGUGCAACUGUGGACUAUCAGAUAGCGUUACGAAAAUCCCUGCCUGAGAAAAAAAACUUUCCAGGGAUAUUUUCCAAAUUAAUAUAUCUUUUCUAUAAACUGUUGACUUUGACUUCUUGGAUACUCUGCAUCGCUCUGGUCACUAUACUAAGUAUAACGUCUCUCAUUCUACUUGUGUUUCUUUGGCUUUUGAGUAUAUGUUGGGUCCUGAAGCAACACACAACAUUUUGUACCUCUAAAGGACCAGAAAUUGUCUACAGGACUAUUGUGGGAAUCAUUCUUAUUUUUACCUUUUUUAAUGUCAAGGGAGAAAAGACCAAGAUACCUCUGAUUGUUUAUUAUACUGCUCGGGGGUUUAUAACUGCAAUAAUCGUGUAUGUUUGCAUGUCCUGCAAAUCAGUGUUUAAUGGGAAAAUAUAUUUGUUAUCUGUAAUCAUGGUGGUCAUUAUCACCCUAAUAUUGGGCAUUAUUUUUCUUAUUUCAUAUUAUGCAUAUUUUCAUCCUAGGAAUUUUUACACACAAGAUGUAGUUGAUGGACCAGGAAUUUAUUACACACAAGAGGUGAUUGAUGAACCAGGAAGUGAAAGAACAGAAAACUGUAGAAUGAGGGGAUUCCUGAUGCAAUAA